CCUCUCCUUUUGCAUAUGAGGCCCAGUGAGAGGAAUGGAGCUGUCCCUGUGGUAGAUUUGGAGACUGAUUCCCAUCCUCUGUCCCCUGCUCUGUCCACACUUGCUAAUGCAGCCAGCUGGCAGCAUUUAUGGCAGCCAUGGAUGCUGGGUGGUGCUGACAGCACUGGGGCAUGGCUACAGCCCUACAGGUCCUGCGUCACUUGGCCCAAGCCCCGUUGCGCCUGCUACUCUGGAGGGGCCCGUUGGCCAGGCUAGCCAGUAGCAUGGCUCUGGCAGAGCAGGUGCGGCAGCUGUUUGAGAGCACUGUGCAUGCCGUGCUGCCGGGCCCCCUGUUGCAGCGGGCGCUGUCCUUGGACCCUGAUACUGGGCAGCUGAAGGUGCGGGACCGGAGCUUUCAGCUGCAGCAAAACCUCUACCUGGUGGGCUUUGGCAAGGCCGUGCUGGGCAUGGCAGCUGCAGCUGAGGAGCUACUGGGCCAGCACCUCGUGCAGGGCGUGAUCAGCGUUCCCAAGGGGAUCCGUGCUGCCAUGGAGUGUGCUGGCAAGCAGGAGAUGCUGCUGAAGCCACACAGCCGCAUCCAGGUAUUUGAGGGUGCAGAGGGCAACCUGCCAGACCGAGAUGCGCUGCGGGCGGCGCUGGCCAUCCGGCAGCUGGCCGAAGUUCUCACAGCUGAUGACCUGCUGCUUGUGCUCAUCUCAGGUGGGGGUUCAGCUCUGUUGCCUGCCCCCAUCCCACCAGUCACACUGGAGGAGAAGCAGACACUAACCAAGCUGCUGGCGGCCCGUGGAGCCACCAUCCAGGAGCUAAACACCAUUCGGAAGGCCCUGUCCCAGCUCAAGGGUGGGGGGCUGGCUCAAGCCGCUUACCCUGCCCAGGUGGUGAGCCUGAUUCUGUCAGACGUGGUGGGGGACCCUGUGGAGGUGAUUGCCAGCGGCCCCACUGUGGCCAGUGUCCACAACGUGCAAGAUUGUCUGUACAUCCUUAACCGCUACGGCCUUCGUGCUGCCCUGCCACGUUCCGUGAAGACUGUGCUGGCUCAAGCUGACUCUGACCCCCACGGGCCACACACCUGUGGUCACGUACUCAAUGUGAUCAUUGGCUCCAAUGCACUGGCGCUGGCUGAGGCUCAGAAGCAGGCUGAGGCCCUGGGAUACCGGGCUGUGGUGCUGAGCACAGCCAUACAGGGCGACGUGAAAAGUGUAGCCCAGUUCUAUGGGCUGCUGGCCCGAGUGGCUGGAGCCCGCCUCACCCAGCAUGGGGCUGGAGCCUCUGUGAAAGAGGAUGAACAACUCCAGGAGCUGGCGGCCCAGCUCCAGCUCCCAGACCUGCAGCUGAAGGGGGCUCUGGAGGCUGUGGUAUGUGCUCGGGGCCCAGUCUGCCUGCUGGCUGGUGGCGAGCCCACAGUGCAGUUGGAGGGCUCAGGCAGGGGUGGCCGGAACCAGGAACUGGCCCUGCGUGUUGGAGCAGAGCUGGGACGAUGGCCGCUGGGGCCUGUUGAUGUGCUGUUUUUGAGUGGUGGCACCGAUGGGCAGGAUGGGCCCACAGCGGCAGCCGGGGCCUGGGUCAGGCCUGAGCUUGCUAGCCAGGCCGCCACUGAGGGUCUAGAUGUGGCUGCCUUCCUAGCCCACAAUGACUCACAUACCUUCUUCUGCCGCUUCCAGGGUGGGGCACACCUGCUGCACACAGGACUGACUGGCACCAAUGUCAUGGACGUCCACUUCCUGUUUCUGUGGCCACGGUGAUGACAUGGGUCAUGUUUUGGGAGUCUAGAGGAGGCAUACAGGGCAGCAUCCUGGGGCAGAGUAGGGUUAGUCCCCAGGGCCUCACCAGCCUUAGGGUCUCUCUUCUCCUUGGGCCUGGCUACUUGGUUGACCCUCAUACCUCCCAAACACAGCCUCUGCUUGUGUCCAGUUCCUCAACCUGGCAGGCAGAUGUGGGCCCUCUCCCACCCCUACUUUCAGCCAUGGCAGCAGGUACCACAGAGAAUCAGGAUGAGCCCCUGGGCCAAUUUGCUGUUCCCAGUCUUCUCUCCCAGGCAGCCCCUCUGCCGAGCUCCUAAGCCUGUUUCAUCUGUGGGGUGAAGAGGAUUGAAAAUAAAAAGGACCACACUGUGGGUUCUCAGUGCAUCUUCUCUCAAAGAGAAGACUAGCGAGCUGCAGGGAAGGGGAGUGGGGUCUGGCAGCAGCCCCAUCACCAGGGCCCCACAGGAGCUCCCUGUACCCUUCUCUGCAGGGCACACAUUUGUUUCAUUUAAAUAAGAGCCUGGGAGGGUUGGGCCUGGAUCUGGACAUGCUUGAUGUGAGUGAGCAGAGAGCCCAUGGAGGAUGGCCUAGGGCCUACAGUCUGUGGGGUCUGGGAGGGACUGGCCACCCAUCUAACUGUUGCUCUCCCCUGUGGCACACCUGCCGUGAUCUCUCCAAUCUCUGUCUUAUGCCUCACUGGGUACAUGCUUACUGCCUGCCACCAACAAUAUCCCUCCCUUCUGUCUCUGGACAACCCUUAGCCAUAGACUGUACCUUCUUCACUUGAGCUCCCCCCUGUUUUUCCACACAGGACACUGGGACUUGUUUCCUUUUCCCAGGCUUCAGCCAUUUCUCUGGGAUACAGUCCAGUUCCUGCUGCCAGUCUGCGGUGGGGGUCCCCAGUGCUGGGGUGGUGGGUUAGGGCAGUGUUGGGGUCCAUCAGCCUCUCCCCUCUCCCUUGUUACAGCUGGCUAGGGAGAGGCCAGUGGGGAGGGGAACCACAGAUGAGGGACUCCUUUGGCCAGGCUAGCAGCUUGAGCUGGGAGAGGGAGGGGCCACUGUCUUGGUUCUCCUUGGGCCCCUUGCUCAAUGUCCGAGCCCUCCGCUGGCUGCCCCCACCGUGCGCCACGGCUCCAAUCCCUAUAUGAGUGAGCAGUAGAAUCACAUAGGAAUAAAAAGCCAUAGAGAACAGCGAGGCCUGGGGCUGCUCCUGCUGGCCCUCUCUUCCACCCCAGCCGUGCCCUCUUCUCUGAGAGUAUGAGGGGCCCUGGACCAGGGCUGGCAGGCCUUGCCCCUGGGAAGAGUCUCCCUUCUCCACUCAGGCUCUGGACAGUGCAGCUUACAGAUGGUUCCUGGUGGGCUGGGGAUGGGAAGGAAGGUGAGCAGGGUGAACUGGGUUCUGGGGUUCAGGGAAGUUCAGGAAAGGGGGAUUUGCACCUCUUUGUGAUGCAGGGGCUCCAUUUCCUCUCCUUCUGUCCUGGCAGGGGGUGUGGGAGGGGUCAUAGUCCUAGGGAUCCUGUCCCCAUAUGGCUGUGCCUGUGCCCUGGUGCUCCUCUGGCAGCCUCUUGAUAUGCCCUGUCCCUGCUUCAGUCCUUGCCCUCGGGACCUGAGUAUUAGCACUGGGUGUCAAGUUGCCAGCAAGAGCAGGAUAGUUGGGCCAGGGCUGUGGCCGAGGACCCAUCUGCCGUGUCCCCAGUGUGUGCCUGUGUGUCUGGUGGCACGUGAGCACGCAGGUGUGUGUGGGCAUACUGGGAGGGGGGUGCAUAGACCCUCAGCAUGGGGGCUGUGCUGCUCCCUGUGCACGUGGCUGCUUCCAUGCCCGCAGAGGGGUUGAGUGUGGGUGGGUCUUGCUGGAGGCUCCUGUGCCACCUUGGCCCCUGCCCUGUGCCUCUUGUUUGUGGGGUCUGGGAGGCAAGAGGCUGGAUUGGGCCUAACCCAUUAGACUUGCUCAUUUGGUAACCCCAAGGUGAGAAAGGAUAUAUUUGGCUGCAGUCUAGAUAAAGCCUAUGCGGUGAGUGUUUAAUAGGACUUAUUAUUUGCUCUGUCAAUGUCAACUAUGGGUCAUGAUAAUUGCUCUCA